UUCACGAGACGAUAAGUUGAAGGGAACAUGGCGACGUCUCAUUUGCUAAAGAACAAAGGCUCCCUUCAAUUUGAGGACAAAUGGGAGCUGAUGCGUCCGAUCGUGCUGAAGCUGCUUCGGCAGGAGAGUGUCACCAAGCAGCAGUGGUUCGACCUAUUCUCAGACGUCCAUGCUGUGUGUCUUUGGGACGACAAAGGUCCCGCUAAGAUCCACCAGGCGCUCAAAGAGGACAUCCUAGAAUUUAUCAAACAAGCACAAGCACGGGUGCUGAGUCACCAGGACGACACGGCGCUGCUGAAAGCGUACAUCGUGGAGUGGAGGAAGUUCUUCACUCAGUGCGACAUCCUCCCCAAGCCCUUCUGCCAGCUGGAGAUCACUCUGAUGGGGAAGCAGGGCAGCAACAAGAAGUCCAACGUGGAGGACAGCAUCGUCAGAAAGCUGAUGCUGGACACGUGGAACGAGUCGAUCUUCUCCAACAUUAAGAGCCGGUUACAGGACAGCGCCAUGAAGCUGGUUCACGCCGAGCGGCUCGGAGAGGCCUUCGACUCUCAGCUGGUGAUCGGAGUGAGGGAGUCGUACGUGAACCUGUGCUCGAACCCAGAGGAUAAGCUUCAGAUCUACAGAGAUAACUUUGAGAAAGCGUACAUGGACUCGACCGAGCGUUUCUACAGAACUCAGGCUCCGGCUUACCUGCAGCAGAACGGGGUCCAGAACUACAUGAAAUAUGCUGAUUCGAAGUUGAGAGAAGAAGAGAAACGAGCGCUGAGAUACCUGGAGACGAGAAGAGACUGUAACUCCGUUCAGGCUUUAAUGGAGUGUUGUGUGAACGCUCUGGUCACCUUGUUUAAAGAGACCAUUUUGACCGAGUGUCCCGGGAUGAUCCGACGAAACGAGACAGAGAGUGAGUACGGCCGGACGAACCCCACCAAAGGCACAGCAAGCUCAGAGCUGCACCUGAUGUUCUCUCUGAUGGACAAAGUGCCGAGCGGCAUCGAGCCGAUGCUGAAGGACCUGGAGGAUCACAUCAUGAGCGCUGGACUCGCUGACAUGGUGGCAACAGCAGAGACAAUCACUUCUGACUCGGAGAAAUACGUGGAGCAGCUUCUCACGUUGUUUAACCGUUUCAGCCGUUUGGUGAAAGACGCGUUUCAGGACGACCCGCGCUUUCUCACCUCUCGAGACAAAGCGUAUAAAGCUGUUGUGAACGACGCCACUAUUUUUAAAUUAGAACUUCCUUUGAAGCAGAAAGGGGUCGGUCUGAAAACCCAACCAGAGUCAAAAUGUCCGGAGCUGCUGGCCAACUACUGCGACAUGUUGCUGAGGAAAACCCCGCUGAGCAAAAAACUCACGUCUGAGGAGAUAGAGGCAAAGCUCAAGGAAGUGCUGUUGGUGUUGAAGUACGUCCAGAACAAAGACGUGUUCAUGCGUUACCACAAAGCUCACCUGACGAGACGCCUCAUCCUCGACAUCUCAGCCGACAGCGAGAUCGAGGAGAACAUGGUGGAGUGGCUCAGGGAAGUGGGAAUGCCGGCUGAUUACGUCAACAAGCUGGCGCGGAUGUUUCAGGACAUCAAAGUGUCCGAGGACCUCAACCAGUCUUUCAAAGAAAUGCACAAACACAACAGGCUGACUCUCCCAGCGGACUCUGUGAACAUUAAGAUCCUGAACGCUGGCGCCUGGUCUCGAAGCAGCGAGAAAGUGUUCGUGUCUCUUCCCACUGAGCUGGAGGAUCUGAUCCCGGAGGUGGAGGACUUCUACAAGAAGAACCACAGCGGCAGGAAGCUGCACUGGCACCACCUCAUGUCCAACGGCAUC